CGCGAUGUGGUUCGCGUAGCGGGGAACUGGUUUCACUUAUCUUAGCAGGGCUGUUCACUGCUGUACUCUACAUUGUUUAGAAAAUAUUGUGAGAUGGACAGACUAUUGGUGUAAGACUUCUGGCGCCCAGAAUAGGUGCCACGCGUCGCUAUGUCCUACUAGCCUACGGUGGACGUCAUCCCGAAGACUCCCAUUCACAAUACUCGCCAAGUUAUGCUACAGUAGCUCCCUGGAAGUCGGCGCUGCGUUUUCGGAACACGCAUAGCAAGCCGAUGAUGGUGCGAAUGUGAAUUCUACUCCAAUAUUUUCUUUUGCGUGCCACUCAUCUUGCGUUUUGUUCAAAGGGUUUCUCCCUGGGAGCGCAUUUUCGUCCCUGAGCAGGCACCAUGGUGGAGCCAGACGAGAGGCCGUCCAAUGCGGGCCAGCGGCUAGGGGCCCCUGAGAGCCUGGGCAUCAGCACCCUGGAGCCCGGCCAGCGGCCCCCAACCAUGCCACCCGGGCGCCAGGUCGCCGUGCGCGUCCAGAUGCUGGAUGACACCCAGGAGGUGUUUGAGAUCUCUCAACGGGCGACGGGGAAGUUCCUUCAUGAGCUGGUGUGUGCUCACCUGAACCUGGUGGAGGGCGAUUACUUUGGACUGGAGUACCAGGACCACCGCAAGAUGAUGGUGUGGCUGGAUCUUGUGAAGCCAGCACUCAAGCAGAUCAGAAGACCCAAAAACACUAUACUCAAAUUUGUAGUGAAGUUUUUCCCCCCGGAUCACACAAUGCUCUCCGAGGAACUUACCAGGUACUUGUUUGCACUGCAAAUAAAGCAUGACCUGGCCUGUGGGCGGCUGACUUGCAACGACACCAGCGCUGCUCUCCUCGUCUCCCAUAUUGUUCAGUCGGAGAUUGGUGACUUUGAUGAUGUUCAGAGUCGACAGCAUCUCCUCAACAACAAGUACAUUCCUGACCAGGAUGCCCUGACGGACAAGAUUAUCGACUACCACCGCAAGCAUGGCGGUCACACCCCGGCCGAGUCAGAUUUCCAGCUGCUGGAGAUCGCUCGGAGGCUGGAGAUGUACGGCGUGAGGCUCCACCCGGCCAAAGACCGAGAGGGGACCAAACUCAGCCUGGCUGUGGCACACACUGGCAUCCUGGUCUUCCAGGGACACACAAAAAUCAAUGCUUUUAACUGGUCAAAAGUGAGGAAGCUGAGCUUCAAGAGGAAGAGAUUUCUCAUCAAACUGCGACCAGACUUAAACCAGAGCAGCUGUCAGGAUACACUAGAGUUUAUGAUGGGCAGUCGCGAUUGCUGUAAGAUCUUCUGGAAGAUCUGUGUCGAGUACCAUGCCUUCUUCCGGCUGUUUGAGGAGCCCAAACCCAAGCCUAAAGCUGUGCUCUUCACCCGCGGCUCCUCCUUCAGGUUCAGUGGACGAACACAGAAGCAAGUGAUGGAUUAUGUAAAAGACUCUGAAUUCAAAAAGGUUCACUUUGAAAGAAAACACAGCCGGAUCCAGUCCAACCUUAGCCUGGCCUCGCCCAUGACAUCCCAUUUCAGCUCUGAGAUGCCAAAAGACAGGCCCAGAGCAAGCAGCCUUAACGCCGACCGGACAGACUCCCCCCUCAGGCACGGCCGUGGGCUCGAGUCGGCUCACGUGACGGUGGAGAACGCGUCCCUGCCGCCCCACCACCAGCUCAGCCCCGCCUCCGCCUCCGUCUCCGUCGCCGUCUCCCAACCCAACGGCCAUCACGAAGGUCUGCAGGACGAUGCGUCCUCACGAGCGCCUCCUCCACAGCAGCUGCUGAAGCAGUCCACAGAUCAGACGAGCACAGGUAGCCUGGGCCUGGGCCUGGGCGACUCCCCUGCUACGCCCAGAGGGGUGAUGGUGAACGGACAGAAGCAGCAGCAGACGCUGGGCCUGCUGAGCCACAGCCCUGACGGGCGGCAGCCCUCGCCUCUCACCAGCCCACUGCUCACCGACGCCGGAUUCAUCCGCACCGACGACGAGGACGAGGUUCGAAGGAAGAGGUUCCCCACUGACAAAGCGUACUUUAUUGCCAAAGAGCUGCUGACCACCGAGCGGACGUAUCUCAAGGACCUGGAGGUCAUCACUGUGGCACUCCACAAAUUUGUGUCAAAAGAAGAGGCCUUGCCAGACUCACUGAAGAAUGUAAUAUUUGCCAACUUUGAGCCCGUCUUCAAGUUUCACGAUGCCUUCCUCAAGGAGGUGGAACAACGGCUGCAACAGUGGGAAGGUCGUUCUAACGCCCACAUCAAAGGAGACUACCAGCGGGUGGGAGACAUCAUGCUAAGGAACAUCCAGGGCCUGAAGUUGAUGACGGGUCACCUCCAGAAGCACUCGGAGGCCCUGCUGGAGCUGGAGCGUACUUGUCGUGGCUCGCGGCGUCUGGAGGCCUUGUGUCGGGACUUCGAGCUGCAGAAGGCCUGCUACCUGCCCCUCAACAUCUUCUUCCUGCGGCCGCUACACCGCCUCAUGCACUACAAGCAGAUCCUGGAACGCCUCUGCAAACACUACCCGCCCACACACGACGACUUCAGGGACUCCAGAGCGGCUCUGGCGGACAUAUCGGAGAUGGUGGCCCAGCUCCAUGGCACCAUGAUCAAAAUGGAGAACUUCCAGAAGCUUCUGGAGCUGAAGAAAGACUUGAUCGGCAUCGACAAUCUUGUCCUUCCUGGCCGGGAGUUUAUCCGGUUGGGUUGCCUCAGCAAACUGUCCGGGAAAGGACUGCAACAGAGAAUGUUUUUCCUGUUCAAUGACGUCCUGCUCUACACCAGUCGGGGGAUGACGGCCUCCAAUCAAUUUAAAGUGCACGGUCAGCUACCACUCUACGGCAUGACGAUCAGAGAAAGUGAAGACGAGUGGGGGGUGCCAAACUCUUUCACCCUGUUUGGACAGCGCCACUCCGUGGUAGUGGCAGCCAGCUCUGCCUCUGAGAUGGAGAAGUGGAUGGAGGAUAUCAAGAUGGCUAUCGAACUGGCAGACAAGUGCAACGGUCCAUCCUCAGAAAUCCUCGGCAGCAGUCUAACGGACAGCAAAUCCCCAGACGAGGGCGGCGUGGAGCAGGAGUCUGAGGACGACCUGAGUGCCUCGCGCACCUCUCUGGAGCGGCAGGCUCCGCACCGGGGGAACACCACGGUCCACGUCUGCUGGCACCGCAACACCAGUGUCUCCAUGGUGGACUUUAGUGUUGCCGUGGAGAAUCAGCUGUCUGGGAAUCUCCUGAGGAAAUUCAAGAACAGCAAUGGCUGGCAGAAGCUCUGGGUGGUCUUCACCAACUUCAGCCUAUUCUUCUACAAGAGUCAUCAGGAUGACUACCCGCUGGCCAGUCUUCCUCUUCUCGGCUACUCGAUAACAAUUCCAUCGGAGUCUGAGAACAUCCACAAAGACUACGUGUUCAAGCUCCACUUCAAAUCGCACGUCUACUACUUCAGAUCCGAGAGCGAGUACACCUUUGAGAGGUGGAUGGAGGUGAUCCGCAGUGCCACCAGCUCCUCCUGUCAUGCGCGCCUCCACAGUCGGAAAGACCCCUAUCCGUACUGAAGAUGGACCCCAUCCAUACUGAGGAAAGACCAUUAUCCAUAUUGAAGAAGAGGACCCCUGUCCAUACUGGGGAAGGACCCUUAUGCAUACCGGGGGCCAGAGGCAGCCAUUGGGGGCGGAGGCAACCUCCCCUGCACCCCCCAUAUACACACACACACACACGGUCAUUAAUGUGUAUCUCCCCUGAUUCACCCAUAAUGACCCAUCUGACUGAAGGUAGUGAGGUCCGUUCUCUUCAGGCUGCUGCAAGAAGUACGGAUGAGACGGGCACGCUGAACCAUCUGUAGUGCUCUAGUCUAGUGCAAUGGCAGCCUUGCUACUCUGCUGUUCUGCAUCCGGCUCGACUGCACUGUCAGGUAGCCUAUGAAAUUAAAUGCAUAUCGCUUCAAGCAAGUUCACAUGAUGCACGUAUACAGUGCACACCAAUAAUGAGUACACCCCUUUUUAAAAAAAAGAAACACUUGUAACAAUAUUUCAGUAAACACACACGUUAUUUCCAGAAUGUGCAUAGAGUAAGUUACAACAUCCAUCAAACUUAUUACAGAAAAGAAAGUUCAAUUAUGCAAGUUAAAGGGGCACAAGGUAGGAUGGGGUCGUUUGCGCGGUGUCUGUGGCAUGCCUGUCUCAAAAUCUACACCAUAAUCAAAAAAUGCUGUUCAAAUGAACUCGAUGUGAGACUGUUUUUCAUCACAGAAUACCAGCAGUUGAUACGAAUCUGAAUACUGUAUGCAAAGAGAGUUUUCGUAUUAAUAGUGUUUCCCACGACACUCCUUCGGACCGCUCUGUCAAAAAGUUGCAUUUGGGGUUUUCUGACAGCGGCCGCGAGAGUCAUCAUUCCCCUUCUUUCUUAAAUCCUGUCCUUUCUUUCCAUGUGGUGUCAUGGCCAACAGCAGGAAAUGGGAAGGGGUUUACGGUACUCUACGAAAUAUUGUUUUAUAGCAAACUAUUUGAUAGAAAACUGUGUACUGAGUCCUUAAACUCUUCUGAGACUGAUUGAAUGCUUUUUCAACUGCUAAAAUGUAGCUUGUCUGUGAGACUUUCAUUGGGGUGUUCUCACUUUUGCAGCACUGUAAUUUAACAGGAAGGGAGAAAAAUUCAUUUAUUUAUGAUAUAUAAUUUCACUUAAAUGAUUUAAGCGUCAUGGCUGUAUGAAAUUAACUCUAUGCACAUUUUGAAAAUUACGGGUUUAUUGAAAUAUUGUUCAAAAUGUUCCCUUUCAAAAGGGGUGUACUCAUUACUGGUGUUCACUGUACGCGCCUCUUUUUACACUUUUUUUUCCUCUCUGCAUUUCACAUUUUUCACGUGGUGUCUAUGCAUAUCUGGACUUUGAGAAGUACCAUCACAUAUACGUGAUCAGAAUUUUGGCAAAAAAAAACAAAAAAGAAGCUCUCACUAUGAUGUCAUAAGGACUUUGCAGAAUUUUUAACACAGAGGUCUAUGGGAGCUGUAGAAUGUUCCAGUAAAAUUCUAGAACUGGGGAAAAAUCUUUACUCCUCGAAGGGUUAAAAAAAGUCUUUGGUUGUGGAUCAUCUGCAGGCAUGCAGCUGUCACAGAGGCUGUCAGGGGUUUAACCCCAUUUUUAUGGAAUCAAGUUUAUUUUAUAGGUCAUUUUAUACAAAUUUUAAUACGGACUGUGAACCACUUGUUUUCUGAAAUGUAACGCUGUAUGAUAUUUUUGUUUCUGCAAACAGUUCACAUGAACUCUUUUCUUUUGUUUUUGUGUUUUUGAAGGACAGUCACCACAUUGCCCUUUCGUCGCCAUUCCAGUGCCAAAUAUCUUUGUUUCUUUUUUUUCUUCUGAACGCUGUUGUUGCCUUUAUAUCAUUAUAAAAAUGUUGAUACGUUUACAAGGAACCAUUUUAGAAAAUAGUACUUCCUCUAUUGGAAUACACAAAGACAUAAAGACCUUAUCAAUUAUGGUUAAAGUGAUUAUAUGUGGAAGGAAAUGUAAGACGGGUCACUGUGUUCACAAUAAACACGGGACCUUGAUCACACUGGUCUCCUGUAGUGUUAAAUGAUUGUAAAAACAUGAUCAGGAUGCUGUA